GAAUGACAUUUGCCAAGGCAUCUGCCUCGCAAGCUUCAUGAUCUUUGUUUGGAUGGCUCAAGUUCUUGGCGGGUCCGCGGGCGUUCAUUAUUUUAUGUCCACCUUUACGCUCUGAUUCUUAUAAAAACCACUUAGAAGUUUCAAUCAGACCAUUUGAAACGACCGUACUUCACUCUGAGAAUGGCGAAACAUCCCAAGACUUGCCACUUUCCUCUCUAUCCCUCCCUAGCCAUAGCUUCAUGUUCUGUAGCUUCACAAACCCUCGGAAUAACACUUGAAUCUGAUGCUUGUGCUCUUCAUGAGAUAAAACGUCUCAUCGAUCCCAAUUUGAUCUCCUUAUCUUCGUAUAUGAUGAGAAGUUGGCACUUAUCGGUGGAUUCGUGUGAAAGCAUUGGCUCAAAAUUUCUGGGAAUUCUGUGUAGUUUGCCCCUAGACAAAUCCUCUAGCGGAAUAACAGCCAUUGAUCUCGAUGCGGUUGGAUAUGAUGGGUUCAUAUCCCCAACUGUUGGGAACCUAUCAGAGCUGACCGUUCUAAAUCUGGGGAAAAACUACUUCAGAGGGCCAGUACCAAAUACCCUAGAAAGCCCGAAAAGGCUUACAAGGCUUGACGUGUCAACCAACUUGCUCACUGAUCUCAUUCCGGCACAAAUUUGGAACACCAAGGCCCUGUUUGGCAUCAAUCUCAACGGACCAAAUGCCACAAGUAGUCUGACGACUUGGAAGCUAUGGAGUAGACUUGGGUUCGAAGAUGAACUCCCACUGACGCUAAUGUCACUGACCUAAGUUCGAAGAUGAAGACAAGGAAAUGGAGUUCAAGAAGGCUUGAAGAUUUGACCAAGAGGGUGGUCGAACCAGAGAAAGAAGAAAACGGAGGCACGGUAGGAACGGCAGAGGGAAUGGCACAGCAAGAAGGCAUGACUGAUAAAUAACCAAUAAGGUUGGAGGGCAUUUUCAUCUUGAAAAAAUAAAUUACAGAAUUGAUUUUGCAAUGCAACAGAGGAGGUGGGUAUUGGAUAAUUCCAUGAAGGAUGGAAUUGGUGAUUGGUACUGGCAUUGGAUUGUGUAUUAUUUCAUACCAAACAAAAAAAAAAAAGUGAGAUUAUUGAGUCUUAGUCCCACCAUCUCAUUCUUUUGUACCAAACAAGGCCCAAGAGUCUUGAUCAUCUAGACCUUGUCGGGAAUAAGCUCUUGGGGGGUAAUCCCUGCCAGAAUUUCUGGAUUACGAAGCUUGACCUAUUUGAGCUUGUCAAACAAUGGAUUUGCAGGCACAAUCCCUGACCUCACGAGGCUUUGGUGGCUCAACACAGCAGAUCUCCAUAACCAGUUCUUUGGAAAUUUCCCACGUCUUCCAAUGAGUUUAGGAACAUUUCGUCUCAGCCACAAUAUACUCUCUGGCCAUAUCACUCCCCUCACGAGGAUCAAACCCCUCAGAUGGAUAGAUUUGAGUGACAACAAGCUCUCAGGUUCCAUGUCAAUGGAUGUUCUUUCCUUGCCCAGGCUAGUUUAUCUCGAUAUCUCUUUCAAUCGCCUUACGACAUUAGAGGUCGCAAAUUAUGCUUCGAGUGCUUGAUGCCAAAGGGAACCAUAUCCAUGGAUAUUUACCAGUAAACUUGGCCACAUUUCAAAAUCUAACAUCAAUUAAUUUAGCAAGGAAUCAAUUCUCCAGCUCCAUUCCCAGGGAAUACGCAGAUAAAGUGCAGUCUGUACUUAGAUAACAACUUUCUUAUCGGUAAUCUUCCGAUGGAGUUCGAUCGGACAAGGAUCAGAGGCAGUCUUGCAAGCAAUUGCCUUAAUUGUCCAAAGAAUGUUCUUCUUUGUCGUGGAGGGCAAAGACCAGAUACAGAGUGCGUCGGGCAAAACAAUUACCAGGUUUAGGCGACUUCCAAUGAUAAAAUCCAACUUUAUGGUGAAUAUUGCAAUGGUUAUCUUUUAUAAAAGAUUUUCAUGUUGAAAAAUGUUUCAGA